CAGGGCCAUCACCGUCAGGCGUUUGUUGUUGUUUGGGUUAGUGCCUUGUGGUGAGCGUUACCGUCGUGGUUUGAUCAGUUCUAGCUUUACCAUCAACCGCGUCAGCAAGAGACAAGAAGAGACGCUGGCAGAAUGGACGUUGGCGUCGCUGGCAGCGUGCAAGGCAAGAUGACCGAGCUGGUAGACGAGUUGCUGCGCUACGGCCUCUUCCUAGGCGCCAUCUUCCAGCUGCUGUGCAUCGCCGCCGUCGUCUUCGUGCCACCCAAGGAAGAGGGCAAGGACGCGGGCGACUCGAGCGACGAGGACAACCCCGGAGACGGGCUGGCGCUCCAGGCAGCCAGUCACAGGCACCAGGCACACCACGCGGGCCGCCGGAGCCGCCAGGAGAAGAAGAAGCGGCGCUGAGGAGGCACCCGCCCCGGGUCGCGACGCCAACGCGGAAUCUCGCCGCCUCUAUUUAAUCCACCCGGCGUUUGCACGGUGACGCCAGAAUGGCAGAUGGUUCGGAGGUGGAGACUGCGGGUGCCCUUCGAGUGUAGCCUGCCGACAGAAACUUUGUCAUCGUAGGUGCAAAGAUGCUUUCAGCCGUGUGUUUUGCUAGGCCACUGCUCGCAGGAUCAACUGCCGCGACUGCAUCGAUCUCAGCUCUCUUGCGGGCGUCCUGACGUAGUCGAGCGUACGUCGGCAAGUGCGGCCUCUGGGCGCCGCCUUCUUGCAGCCGGCACAUGUAGGUCUUCCGAUAGCCGUGCCGAGGCGUGCCCACGGUUGCCAGAUAGGUGCCCCAACAAAUUGUUUUUGCACCCAUGGUGGCCGUACAAGCCUUUGAGGUGCGACUGCUCGGAAACGUGUAUAGGACACGAAGCAUGCCUGUCUGAUGUGCGUUCCCUUAGAUUAGGAGUCUUGGCUGGAAAAUGCGGCCCCCCCCCCCCCCCCCCCCCCUCCAACGUGCAGUUGGCAGUUGGCUUUGUCAACUACCAAACCCAAUGAAAUCAACCGGGAGCAUAUUUUGGCGGGAUAAACCCAUGCUCACUAUGUUUAUUUUCUUUCUGGAAUCGGCCCUGGGCGUCUAUAAUGUUAGCUUUUGGUCACUGCAAGAGUGGGAUCAAAUCAGUCUCUUACGGAGCUUGCUCCGUAAGAGAGACAAAGAUGGCUCGUCUGCUAAUAAGGGCGAAAAUGGGGGGCGGUCUGCUACAGAGUUUCAUUCACAUAGGAAAAUGAAACAAGCAAACACGUCGUCUGCUGACAAAGCGAAAAAAAAAAAAAGUGGAUUGUCUGCUGUGAACCGAGUGCCACCCCAAAAUGAUAUCAGAUGCAGGCUGAAAUUGUGAUCGUCUGCUAUUUCACGGUGAAAAGGAUUGGCAACCUGUGCUUCGUUUGUAAAUCUCAAGUGGUUCUGCCGCCGUACACAAGGCGCUGUCGACAGGAAGGUUAAAGUACGCUCGGGACUAGCACGCCAGGGGCCGUGAAACCUCUCCCCUUUUGUGUGUUGGUGGGAAGUUCUCACCAGAAUGUUGCCCGAUCGUGCACUUGUGAACAGGUCACAAUUUUUCAGUUUUCGGUAAUGUGACUGGCAGAAAGCUUUGCCUCCACAUUCAGUCAGCAGCCGAGAAAGGUCUGCUCCGGCCAUUACCAAAUUCAAGCCCCUGGGGUGUAUUGUUUGCCAAUUGGUCAAACUCUCGAGGGCCGGCUCGUUUGCACUCCGAAUAAAAACCAGUAAAUAUAAAUACCAAGUACCGGACAAUGCUCUUUUGUGGGUCCAACUAUUUUGGCAGAAGCAGUAGGCCACAACCCAAAAGAACUCGAGCAAGUUGGAUGACUCUGCCUCCACACAAAGAAUGACAUAGGGCGAAUGUUCAUCAACAUGGUGUCUGGCGAGAUUUCGAGCCAGAAGUUUGUCACGUGAAACCACCUUAAAGCCAUGUGCAUGAAGCAUGCAAUGCAAGCCAAAAGAAUCUCUGGAGGCGCCUACAUGGUUUUUGCUCCCAAUUGCCGAGGUCUACUUUAUUGGACUUCCAAGUCAUUUUCUUCAUAAUACAUUCUGGAUCAAACGUUACAUGGCAGUCAACAUACUACAUUGACCUAUGACAAAAUAUCAGGAGUUAGCGAAACCAACAUCCUUACCACAAAACUUGUCAAUUUGAAAGACUUUUCAGGUGCUGCUUCAUGCCAAUUUUUCUCGGCGAGUUUGAUACUGUCUCUUCAGAAAAAAACCUUUAGUCGGUAAUAACUAUUCUUUUAAAUUGUGAAUUUCUGCAAGGUGUUGUUCAAUCAGUCAACCAAAGAAUAAGUGUGGCGGUAAACGUUGUAUGUUGAUGCUCGUGCCAUUUUUUUAAGGCCUUGAUCAAGCACUGUCUUUUUGUGGGAAACACUGUUUUUAGUUGAAGUUGUUCCAAUUUUAUUUGAUUCCCUCAGAUAUUUGUCAGGCAUGGUAUGUGGCUUGGGCCAUUAAGCUCGGAAGACAUUGACUACCAACUCUUUUCCCCGGAAGCUGCCACCUAUUUGCAAAUAAUGAAACCUAGUGGUGGCCGAGUUCGAAGGUUUUUCAGCAGGAGAGGACGGGCACCAUUAGGCUUGAUUUCUGCACAUUGCUUGGGGACGUUUCUCACGUUGCCUCCCAAGCCUUUGUUGAAUCUGUUGGGUGGAUCCUCUUCACCCCAUAAACCCACAGCGCUAUUCGAACAGGAUCCAAUUCGUUUGAAUGGAACUGAAAACACUUUCCCUCUUACAGAUGUCAAUUCCAACAUUCAAGUACUAGACAGUGAGUUAGCAUUGCCUAGGCACACUGAAAAUCACAUGCUACUGCCCACAUCAAGCAAAAUGGCAGCCCUGCUGUCCUGCCGGCUUAAUCCGGCCUAGCAACACAAGCCUAACAAUGUCUGUCAGAUACAGUGAAAUCUACAAAUAUCGGAGUUAAAAAACGCUUUCCAGCUGAACAACCAAGCACAUUACGUACAAAGAUUCAUCGAGAAUCUUUGUACGUAAUGUACGAAAUCACUAAAAGAUGUUUGGCUGCUUUCCGCGAUACGACAACGGCACCCUCGUGAGGGUGCCCUUGUCAACUGCAGAUCUUGUGUCAGAAGUGUAAUUCAAACCGGAUUACAAUAAAGGUUGUGGCAAUA